GAUCGUUACCGAUUAUCGCGCUGAUGUUCGCAGAUGUCGAUUGUACCACUUGUUUUCCGGAAUUGGUGGGACGACUUUGAUCGUCCUAUGUCGCGCCUCUUGGACCAGCACUUUGGCACCGGCCUUCACCGAGAUGAUCUGAUCUCAACUCUCUCCGAUUUCGGCAUAGAUCGACCACCCCUACGCUCGAUGUUUGGGAACAGGUACAUCCGACCGUGGAGGGACUUGGCGCGUCAAAACUCAAGCGGGACCAGCACGAUCCAGUUGGACAAUGAUAAUUUUCAGGUGAUACUGGACGUGCAACAGUUCUCACCGAGUGAGAUCACGGUGAAGACGGUUGACAAUUACGUCGUUGUCGAGGCCAAGCACGAGGAGAAGCAGGACGAGCACGGCUACAUCAGCAGACACUUCGUACGCAGAUACGUCCUGCCCCCGACUCACGAUCUCGUCAACAUCACUUCGACUCUCUCCUCGGAUGGUGUACUAACAAUCACGGCGCCCAAAAGGAACAUGACGCCGGCUGGCACGGAAAGAGUCAUCAACGUUGUUCAGACGGGAAUACCAGCUGCCAAGCCGGUUCCCGUCGAAACAACUACUACUGCUGGUACUACUACUACUACUACGACCCCCACUAUCGGCUAACGAAUUUAUUGUCCGAAACUUUCAUUCCGACAUUCACUUCAUUCUUUUACUUUCUCAAUUCCAAGCAAAACAAUUUUGUAGAAUGACAGAAUAUUUAAUAAUUUUCUCUUAUUUAAGGGAAAUAUGUCCCAUAUUUAAUAAUUUUCUAAUAUUUAUUUCUCAAAAAUAUAUUUUUUAGUACAUAAUACAUAUAAAUUUUGUUAUAUCAAAUUAUGAUAUAGAAUGUAAAGCUUGUUUUCGAUUUUCGAUUUAUCAAAAUCUUCUGAUGAGAGAAGAUAAAUAAUAACAAAUAACAUAAUUGUGUAAUUGUGAAAUUUAGAGGCGCCAAUUAAAAAGAAGAAAUACCAAAGCGUCGCAAUACAGUACGCUCAUUUUCCUUGGUAUCGCUACUUUCCAAUUGCACUAUAAAUAACAUCAAAUCAAUAAUUUUUCUCCUAAAAAAAAAA